GAGAACUCCUAUAUUUAGUUAAAAAUCAUACAGAGGAAUCUGUCACGAAGGUUUGGUUUAAUCCAUAUAGUUUACGCCUACGAGAAUUAUGGCACUAAUCCAGAAAAUCAAAUGGGUCUGUCUAUAGAAUCUAUCACUCUCUGAGUACUAUUAAGGAAAUCAUGAUUCAGAGAAAUGUGCUUUCCAGCUUUGCAAUUUAAAAGGGAAAAGUGGCCUAAAGGAAAGAAAAAAGAUAGAUCUGGAAAGUAAUGCUACUUGUUUGAAUCUGCAUCCCGUGAAGACUGGACUAUUUACAAAUUUUGAAGGGCUUUUUCAGUUGCAAGAAAAUAUUGCUUAAGAUAAGAUAAGUAAGAGCCACUUCCAUUGGGUUGAGCAACAUGGGCUAUCAGCUGGUACAGAUAGUUACACUUCUGACAGUGAUAGCAUUUGGAGCAUUAAGGAAAGUAAGAGGAGAAUGUAGCUCAGAUGAUUUGGAAGGUUUGAUGGCAUUCAAGAAUGGCAUUCAGAUGGAUACAUCUGGCCGGUUGGCAAAGUGGGUUGGUAGGAACUGCUGUGAAUGGGAAGGUGUUGUCUGUGACAAUGCAACCACCAGAGUGACACAGAUCCUUCUCCCAGGCCUCAAUGAAAAAGAUUUUGUUCAAACACAAAUGGUGGGCCAGCUUUCUCCUUCCAUGACACUCCUCACCUCUCUUGAAAUCCUUGAUCUCGGAGGCUUAGUAGGCCUCAGUGGAGCAAUUCCCCUAACAAUUGGGUUGCAAAUGCCAAAGCUCCAAAAGCUUUACCUUUAUGGUAACAAUUUAACUGGCCCAGUACCAGAAAGCAUUGGUGGUUUUCCAAACCUCCAGGAACUGGCACUGCAUGAAAAUAGGAUAUCUGGGUCAAUCCCUUCUAGCCUUGGAAGUUUAAGAAAACUCAAAAGGCUGCUGCUUUACUCAAACCAAAUUUCAGGUACAAUACCCUUCUCACUUGGGAGUUUGACCAAUUUGGUAGAACUGGAUGUUCAUGACAAUGCUCUUAUGGGUCAUAUACCCAACAACAUUGGUCAGAUGCUGUCUUUAGAGAAGCUUGAUCUUUCAAGCAAUAUGUUAAGUGGAAGCAUACCUUCUUCAAUAACCAAUUUAACUGCCAUUUCAGUUUUGUAUUUUGACACCAACUAUCUUGAGGGAACCAUCCCAUUUCCCUCAAGACCUGGUGAAAUGCCUUCACUGAACUUCCUAAGACUCCACAAUAACCACCUGAGUGGAAACAUACCUCCCAGUUUUGGCUACCUGGUUUCCCUUCAAAGAGUUUCAUUAUCAAACAACAAACUUGAAGGAGCAUUGCCUUCUAAUUUGGGCAAUUUGCAUUCUUUGACAGAGCUAUACCUCAGUGACAACUCCUUCUCUGGCCAAAUACCAAAAUCAAUAGGCCAGCUCUCUCAGCUCAUAAUGUUGAACAUUUCCAACAAUUUGAUUCAAUGGCCAUUGCCUCAGGAGAUGUCUUCCCUUCAAAACCUCCAGACACUUGAUCUAUCUUUCAACCCUUUGAGCCUCUCUUCCAUUCCACCAUGGCUUACAAGUAUGUCAUCUCUUUCCCGUCUUUACCUCGCAGCCUGUGGCAUCAAAGGCCAAAUUCCAGACUCAUUGCAAACAACACAGAGUCCAAUACAGGAACUGGAUUUAUCAGGGAACCUUCUCAGUGGACCAAUACCAUCAUGGUUAGGAUCCUUCAGUCAGCUCUACCUGUUAAACCUCUCAAGUAAUUCACUUGAGUUACACAUACCUGAUUCCCUCACAAACUUGCCUGAUCUUGCUGUUCUUGAUCUUCACUCAAACAAGUUAACAGGCUCCAUAACUGGAGUAUUUAACACUGCUCAACAAGGUACUUCUGGGGGAUCACUGACAUACAUUGAUCUUUCUGAUAACAACUUCUCAAGUGGAGUUGAGGCAAUUGGUGUGGGAGAACAGUUAAACAUUCAACAUCUUAAUUUGUCUCACAACCUUCUGAAGGGUACCUUGCCAGGUUCCCUUGGGAGGCUGAACUCCAUUCACAGUUUGGAUUUGAGCUUCAAUGAAUUAGCUUCCAACUUACCUGAAGUUCUGGCAAAGUUGACCUUGUUGGAGAGUCUGAAGCUGCAAAGUAAUCACUUCAGUGGAAACAUACCCAAUGGAUUUCUCAAGCUGAGAAAGCUGAAGGAAUUGGACUUAUCAGAUAAUGUACUUGAAGGGGAAAUUCCAAAGGGUAAGCCUCUAAUUGAUUUUCCUGGGAGUACUUAUUCUAGAAAUAAAGGUUUGUGUGGAAAGCCUCUCAGUCCCUGUAAAGUUUGACAAUUGUAAGAUAUGAAUGGAAACCCGUGAAAUCAAUUGAGUUGUAAGUUUUGCUCAAGACCAAGUUAUUUUGGCUACAUAUCAUUGUGAAAAUGUUUGCUUCUUUUGGGUGUAAAAACACAGAGAUUCACUUGUUUCAUUUCACUCCUGAAAAAAAUAGAGAAUCUCUGGUGUUCCUUAACAUUCUUGUAUCCCUCUUAGCAGAAACAUGUUGCAAAUGUUGUAUUUUCCUUGUGAA